AUGCAGGGGGCCGAGCUCCGGGACGGCGAGGCGGCGGCGGCGGCCGCUUCGUACCGGGUCCUGAGCCGCCUUCUCGGCUAUGGAGAGGCGGCCCCUGAGCCAGGCCCGCCGCCGCCGCCCCCGGGCCAUGGCCCGUCGCCGCCACCCUUCCUCGCGCGGCCCGGCCCGCGGGGUGCCCGGCCGCCGCAGCUGAUGGUGUUCCGCAACGUGGGGCGGCCGCCGGAGGAGGAGGACGCGGAGGCGGCCCCGGAGCCGGGACCCUCGGAACUGCUGUGUCCCCGGCACCGCUGUGCACUGGAUCCCAAGGCCCUACCUCCGGGCUUGGCGCUCGAGCGGACCUGGGGUCCGGUGUCUGGACUAGAGGCGCAGCUGGCGGCUUUGGGGCUCGGGCAGCCGGCGGGGCCGGGGGUCAAGACUGCCGGUGGAAGCUGCUGCCCGUGCCCGUGCUCCCCGCAGCCCCCGCCGCCGCAGCCCCCGCCGCCUGCUGCCGCCCCGCAGGCCGGGGAGGACCCCACGGAGACGAGCGACGCGCUGCUGGUCCUAGAAGCCUUGGAAUCGGAGGCCGAGAGCCUGGAGACUAACAGCUGUUCAGAAGAGGAGCUCAGCAGCCCGGGCCGUGGAGGAGGAGGGGGUGGCCGGCUUCUGCUGCAAGCCCCGGGAGCCGAACUACCCCCGGUGCCCUUCCCGCUGCAGGACUUGGUUCCUCCAGGGCGCUUGAGUCGAGGGGAGCAGCAGCAGCAGCAACCUCCCCCACCGCUGCCGCCUCCCGGGCCCCUCCGGCCCCUCGCGGGCCCUUCUCGAAAGGGCUCCUUCAAAAUCCGCCUCAGUCGCCUGUUUCGCACGAAGAGCUGCAACGGCGGCUCGGGCGGUGGGGAUGGGACCGGCAAGAGGCCUUCUGGAGAUCUGGCAGCUUCAGCUGCGAGCCUGACGGACAUGGGAGGCUCUGCGGGCCGGGAGCUGGAUGCGGGGAGGAAACCCAGGUUGACAAGAACUCAAAGUGCCUUUUCUCCGGUCUCCUUCAGCCCCUUGUUCACAGGUGAGACAGUGUCGCUUGUGGAUGUGGACAUUUCUCAGCGGGGCCUGACCUCUCCACACCCUCCAACUCCCCCUCCUCCUCCAAGAAGAAGCCUCAGCCUCCUAGAUGAUAUCAGUGGGACGCUGCCUACAUCUGUCCUUGUGGCUCCGAUGGGGUCUUCCUUGCAGUCUUUCCCCCUACCUCCGCCUCCUCCACCCCACGCCCCAGAUGCAUUUCCCCGGAUUGCUCCCAUCAGAGCAUCAGAAUCCCUGCACAGCCAGCCCCCUCAGCACCUCCAGUGUCCCCUCUACCGGCCCGACUCAAGCAGCUUUGCAGCCAGCCUUCGAGAGCUGGAGAAGUGUGGUUGGUAUUGGGGGCCUAUGAAUUGGGAAGAUGCAGAGAUGAAGCUGAAAGGGAAGCCAGAUGGUUCUUUCCUGGUACGAGACAGCUCUGAUCCUCGUUACAUCCUGAGCCUCAGCUUUCGAUCACAGGGUGUCACCCAUCACACUAGAAUGGAGCACUAUAGAGGAACCUUCAGCUUAUGGUGCCAUCCCAAGUUUGAGGAUCGCUGUCAGUCUGUGGUAGAGUUCAUUAAGAGAGCCAUCAUGCACUCCAAGAAUGGGAAAUUUCUCUAUUUCUUGAGAUCCAGGGUUCCAGGACUGCCACCAACACCAGUACAGCUGCUUUAUCCAGUGUCCAGAUUCAGCAAUGUCAAGUCCCUCCAGCAUCUUUGCAGAUUCCGGAUUCGGCAGCUUGUGCGAAUAGAUCAUAUCCCGGAUCUCCCACUGCCUAAACCUCUGAUCUCUUACAUUCGAAAGUUCUACUACUAUGAUCCUCAGGAAGAGGUGUACCUGUCCCUAAAGGAAGCGCAGCUCAUUUCCAAACAGAAGCAAGAAGUGGAGCCCUCCACGUAGCAGCGAGGGCCUCUGCUGUUCAGCAUAAGAAGGUGUUUUGAUUGCCAAGCUCCAGUUUGAAGAACCAAAUGAAGCUACCACAAAAGAAGAACUUGGCAGAAAGAGAGAAUAGAGAGGUGUUGUGAUUCCCAGCACAGACUUUGGUUUCCCUGCAGCUCUGGGGCUUCAAAGAAGCACACAACCAUCCUCCAAGUGGGGCUCCCUGUUCUACCCAACCCUGUGCCACCCCAGAGAUGAGCUCCUUGGAAAACUGGAAGAAGUCUUAACACUGUUUGUUUUCACGAGUUAUGUUUUGAUAUUUACAUUUCUCAGUGUAGGAAACUCAGUCAAAGGCAGCUGGGGUUUGUACCCAUAGAAGUGAAAGUGGUGUUGGGAUGAGCAGGUCAGGGGAAAGGGGAGGGAAGGGCUGGUAGGUCGGCUGGUGCCAAAGGCAGCAUUGAAAUCUUUUCCAUGACCCUGGGGGAAGAGCAGGGGAGCCAGAGACAUAAAAAAGAAUGAGAUUGGUUUCUGAGGAAAAGCAUCCGAUUCUCAUCUCCAACUUCAGUAGGAGAUGAGCGAAGGGGUGAUGGGUAAAGAGAAACGGCUGGUCUUGUUGCUGGAGGAAUGGUGACUCCGCUCCUUUCCUUUAAGGUUUACAAACCUGAUUUCAGAACCGCCUCUCAUGGAAUCGGUGUUCAUUUUGUUGUGCUAAAUUCCUUAAGCUCAGUGACCCGAGGCAAACCCAGUUCUCCCUCCAUCCUCACCCUCUUUUCCCUCAUAACUGUACAUUUCCCUUUGGUUAUAACAACACUCCUAUUGCUUCUGCCAGCUGUCAAGGCAGGAGUGUUUCUUGUCACUUGGGCAGUUCAGAGCUCCAGUCCUGGGAUGCUGAGGUUAAUGGCGCAUGCUUCCAGGUUCUUCAUGGCAAAGCAUACCUACAGCUGAGGAGUCAGUGUUCCCCCAUCUGUCAGCUAGUGAGAGGAAAUGUGGAAGAAGUGAGAAACAGCUGUUGUGCUUCUAAAGGAGUCUGCAUGUCUCAGCCUUAAUGGGAUUUCCAUAGAGCAGAAAGAGUCUCAUGAUCAUAGUUUUAUCAUUGUCAUCCCACCUCUGGGAUGGGAGGUGGCAAGGGCUUCCUCAUUUCCCCACGUUCAUUCUUGCAACCCAGAUAUUUCCUGAGUCAGACCUCAUUGCCCUUCCUUUACUGGGAAGUCUAUCAGAUGCUAGUUUGAAAGUUGCCUGUUUUCGAGAUAGAUGUGAAGAGAGGAAAGAAUGUUAGUGCUUGAGUUGUCUUUGUGUCUGAAGCUUGCCAUGGCCAGUCAUUGGCUACAUAAGUUGGCUCUCCUACAGUUAGUCUGGAAGAAGUAACAGUCAAGAUGAACAGUGUAGUUGUUGGGUCUUCUUUACUCUCCUCUAGUGUUCCAUGCGAUAGCCUUUGAGUUCUCUCUGCUUGUAUCUGCCUUAUAUGACAAACUGAACAUCAUCAGGUUUGGAGUUCGGGUGGUUUAGGGUGAAGCCCUGUGUCUUGGAAAAUUAGAAAACUAUUUCUUCUGGAAAGUGGCCUGUGGGCUCCCUCUGCAUAGAAUCACCUUCUUCCUCCUUUAGCUAAACAGAAAGGGAAUGAGCUUCCUCAACUGGCUGGAAAGAAAUGAACUGUGUGCGUGUCAGUCUAGCCCACUUCGGACAUGUCUCGUGGUACCCUUUUCCUACUUGACUUCAUAUGACCAACAGCAUAAGAUCAGAGAUUGGCGUACCUGUAAGCUCUGCCUCUGGAGGGUACAGGUCACUCACCAUCAUACAUACAGAAAGGGCUGUUCUGCAGUAGAGCCCCAAUUCUAGAAUCCAUAGAGAUCUUCAUGUGGUUUUGGAAGGGAUUCUUUCUCCAACUUCAGCCACUCAUAAUUUAAAAAUUAGUGUUCAUCUUGUGUUUGCAUGACUCUGAGCUAGGUAGCGUGGAAGGACAUAUGAGGUAGAAGACAAGACCCCUUCCCUGAGGGAACUGUAAAGUGACUGUUGCAUGUGAAGGAACACUCAUUGCAGCAGGAGAUCCGGGGCCAUUGUUAAAGAUAGAGUGGGUGUGAUCAGGGUAGACCAGAUGGUCUAGGAAAGCUCUGUGGUGAUGAGGGUUUGGGUUGUAGGCAAGGGCAGUGAAACAGAACACUCAAACUAAAGUACAGGAAGAGAAAUGUGCAUGGCACGUGUGCAGCUGCCUUAAAUAGCAUCAGAAUCCUGCUUGACUGCAAAGGUCUAGAUUGAAACUUCCCAAUAGUUGCACAGGUCUGAUGGCUAAGGGAGUGUGAGGGUGUUGUGGAGGACAAGACCAGAAGUCAGCAGACACCUCUGUGGUACUGGGGUUACCAGUGGAGAAUUUAUAUGCUCAGGUGCAAACCAGACCUGCUACAGAGCACAGGCAGCCUCAUCCUUUGUGUCCUGGGAAAGUGGGUUGCACUGUGCUCACGAUCUGCAUGUAUUUCAAACGCAGACCCUUUGUUGGCAGAAUGGGUUGCAAAACAGCAGUGUGGGAGACAGCUCCAUGAGGCCUGGCUUGGCACAUGGGAGCCUUGGGUAGAAGAGAGUGGUUGGGGAGAGCAGUCCUGCAGGCUGGCUGGAGAAGGGAGCAGGAACAAGGCCAGAAGCCAGCAUUGGCCUUCGCCCUUUGCCCAUGCUGCGCAGUUCUAGUGGAAAUGCAGUCCACUUGUCUUUGGUGGUUAUGUGCCAGUCACAGACCAGGAAAGGCUGUCACUAGAGACCUGCUGGGGAGUUGUGGUUGGGGGGGGGGGGGGCACUACUCCCAGACCCAGCCUAUAACCUUUGCUUGUUUAUAACCUUCCUUAAGACGGGUAUGUGCCAGUGUGAGCCAGUGACAACCACUGCUGCAACCUGUUAUUACUUGAAAUGCACGUCUGUGCCAGCAGCAUAGGCGUGGGGGAGCAGGGGCUUGGCUGUGGAGUCCAGUUGUCCUGGUUUGAUGUUUAGACUGAUCAUGGCCUGUCUCCUGCUUAUGCCAAGGUGAAGAAAAUAUAGAUGGCAGUGCCAGCCUCUUGAAAAAGCUUGGAAGUGUCCCAUAGUUUCCUGUUUCUCCUUUCCUACUGUCACUUAGGCUGAGCUGUUUGAGCCAAGCAGGGAGUGAUGGGAUGGCUACACAUUCCUCUCUGAUGCAUAUCCCAUAAGGAGUAGGGAACAGUUCAGAGUACAGCCCCAGGGAGCCUUCCCCAUGCUCCUAGAAGGGCAUGGCCUGCUUGAAUCCCCUAUCCCAGUGGGAAGUAGGGAUAGGAGAAAUUUCCCCAGGUAAGAUAGUUUCCUUCUUUGUUGCCUCUCCUGAUUUUUGAGCCCAGGAGUCAGAGGUCAAGUCACUGAGAUGUAAGGAGCAAGGUCUAUGUGUGUCCUCAUUUGUAGAAGUCUUGUCUGCAGUUGGGAUGUUGGGAUAUCUCCACUGGCGGCGACUAGGAUUUGUUUUCCACUUUAAGAGAAUGGCAUGCCCCCUGUGUGGAGGGGAGGAGCUUUGAGUUAGACAUUUUCCCUAUGGGAAUCCUCUUGGUCUGGUUUGUGGGAAGAGGGGAGUAGAUGUGUGGUUUUGUUUCUGGUCAUGGCACGGCUGUCCUCACACGGAUGUGUGCUGUCGCGCACCUGUGGCGUCGUCGUUCACUGCAGCAGUGCUAUCAGUAGUUCAAAAUGAUUUAUUUGCUCCUGGGGAGUAAAAUCUUUUUUAUUAAAAAGAAAAAGGAAAAAAAAAAAAAAGGUGUGCCCCAUUAUGAUAGCUGUAGAAUUACUGGGC